AUGUCUUCAACCGAAUCCGCACAAACCACUGUGGCUGCCGUGGCCGAACCGGAAGUGGCCGCCAAAGUGGCAACUAAAAUGACACCUGAGGAGACAUCGGCUCCAGUUGCCGCCCCUGCUGACGCCGCCACCGCCGAGUCCGAGAAAAAAGAAAACGGCCUUGUUGCCGAAAACGGUGACGCUAAACACGCUAACGGUGACGCAAAACACGCUAACGGUGACGCAAAACACGCUAACGGUGACGCAAAGCACGCGAACGGGGAUGCAAAACAUGCGAACGGGGAUGGAAAACACGAAGAGAAUGGCGAAGUUGAAGCCGAGAAGAAACCCGAAGCCGAAGAGGCAGGAGAAAAAGCGGAGGAGAAAGUAGAGGAAAAGAAACGCGAAGAAGAGAAAAAUUGCGAGGAGCCCGAGAAAGGUGAUGGGGAGCCGUCGGCUAAGAGCGCCAAAAUGGAAAGGAACGAGGCCGAUGCUGAGAAGAAAAGCGAAGAAACGAAGGCUUAA